GCCGCAGCAACCCCUCAUGCCAAUGUUGGGCCGUCCAGCUUCCCGUGCGAUUGUAUCGCAGCCUCUUCUACGCCACUUCAUCCGGACUUGCUCAUCCUCGAGAUUCCCCCUCUCAAGACCAACCUUUUCCUCUACCGUAUCUAAAGCUGCUGCUACCACCAUCUACCGGUACCCCGCUUCUAUCGAGACCUCCCAGCUUCUACACAAACUCCCAACCUUUCAAUCCCAUCGUGUCCGAAAUAUGGCUACCGAGCAUAUUCCCGACCGCUACAAACUCGUUUUCUUCGUGCCGCACUCCCACCUUGACGUCUGCAAGGAUGCGGUGUUCGCUACUGGUGCCGGAACAUUUCCUGGCGGCAAGUAUUCCAAAUGCUGCUUCCAGACACGGGGAACCGGACAAUUCCUGCCAGGAGAGGGUGCCAAUCCCGCAAUUGGCUCGGUCGGCGACGUGGAGUAUGUCGAGGAGAUGAAGGUGGAGGUCAUGUGCUUGGGACGGUCGAUUAUGCUGCAGGCUGUGGAGGCCUUGGUGAAGGCUCAUCCGUAUGAAGAGGUUGCGUAUGAGGUUUACAAGAUGGAGAAUGUGUAAUCUGAUCUGGAAUCCAAGGACGCAUGUGCGGCGUUAUGAUGUUUCGGG